CAGGUUAAUAUAAAUUGCACUCCAUGGUUUCUGCUCAUCUAAAGAGCCUGAUCUCAUCUUACAUAUAUAAGAUUUGCAAAGGAAUGUUUACAAAGAAAUUGGGAAAUAGUACAAAAAGGAAACAGAAUUGUCAGAGCAAAAAGGAUCAAGACUUAACUCAGCUUGGACAAACAAAGAAUCCAAAAUUUUCAAAUGCUUUAAAAAGCACUGUUAAAAAGAUUGCCAAGUGUCCGUCUGCUCGCGACUUAUCAACUGAAGAAGAGGAAAGUAACAGAGAAUUUUCACUUUCUCCAACAUUCAGUUACAGAGUUGCUAUUGCCAAUGGACUGCAAAAGCCUAUUUUUGUAACAAACAAUAACAAUGAAGAUAUAGUUCAAGAUCUGUCUUCAAAUGAUAGUUCAUAUUCUGAAUCAUUAAGUGAAAUAAGAACUAAUAGCAAGAAAAACAAGUAUUUAUCACACACAAUGCCUGUGAGACGCAACAGAAAGAGUUUAAGCAGCCUUGCACCCUCUGAUGGAAGUUCUGAUGGAGAACGCACUUUACAUACACUAAAGCUGGGAGCUUUGCGAAAACUAAGGAAAUGGAAGAAGAGCCAAGAAUGUGUCUCAUCAGACUCAGAACUAAGUACAUGGAAGAAAACAUGGGGUUUAAGAAGUAAAUCUCUAGACAGAACUGGUCACCACCAGAAAUCAAAUACCAUUGAACCUGGCUUCAGUUCAACAGGUUGUAUUAGUCAAACCCAUGAUGUUAUGGAAAUGAUCUUUAAAGAACUUCAGGGAAUAAGUCAAAUUGAAACUGAACUUUCUGAAUUAAGAGGGCAUGUAAAUGCCCUGAAACAAUCAAUUGAUGAAAUUUCUUGUAGUGUGGAAGUGGUACAAAAUGAAAUUGAACAAUUGAGAACUGGAUUUGUACAGUCCAGAAGAGAAACUCGAGACAUACAUGACUACAUUAAGCAGAUAGGCCAUCCAGGAAACAAAGCAAGUCUUAGGUUUCUAAAUGUGCCUGAAGAAAGGCUUGAAAAAACUGAAAACAUAGUUUACAAAAUAUUAAUAGAUAAAAUGGGGUUCUCGGAGGCACAAAGCACUAUUAAAAUUGAGUUUGCCCAAAGACUGGGGCAACAAAGAGACUGUCCAAAUGCAAAGCCAAGACCUCUUCUUGUUUACUUUGAGUCAUCACAACAGAGAGAUUUGAUUUUGAAAAAGUCUUAUAAACUUAAGGGAAGUGGCAUUGGAAUUUCUACAGACAUUUUUUCCCAUGACAUAAAAGAUAAAAAAGAAAGAGGAAUGCCUUCUUCACAGACAUAUGAGAGUAUGGAUAUGAAGCUUUUAACAAUGGAGUCAAAAAAUAAAAUGCAUGAUUGGGAGUCACCUGACAGUGAUAAAGACUUGGAAUCAGAUAUAAACAAGAACAGUUACACAAAGUUAUCUAAAUCAGCAAUUCAAAUAAAAACAUGCACGACAAAGGGGAGUACUGAGUCCCCAGAUACUAAAGACCUUAAUAGAACUGGUGAUAAUAAUACCUUUGCAAACAGAAGAAAUUACGACAGUCAGUCACCGGAAUUUGACAACAUGGAAAAGCAACCAAAGACCUAUUAUUCAGACAUGACUUCUCUAUGGCAUUUGCAGAAUGACUUUGCAACACCAAAACUUAGCCGUUCAGAGUCUGAUUUCUCAAAACUGUGUCAGUCCUACUCUGAGGAUUUUUCAGAAAAUCAGUAUUUUAACAGAACAAAUGGCAGUUCGCUGUUGUCUUCCUCAGAUCGAGAACUUUGGCAGCGAAGGCAAGAAGAUUCUGCCAACUGGUAUGGCAGUUCCCAGGAACAGAAUUUUGUCCAAGAUACAAAACAGGACACAGAGCAAAAUGAAGUAGAGAACAUAGAAAACGUUGACAGUGGAGUAAGCAAUGGAAUAAUGUGUGCAUCUAGAGACAGAAGCCACUGUAGCGAUUCUCAGCUUUCUUUACAUGAUGAUCUUUCACCAUGGAAAGACUGGAAUCAGUUGGAACAAGGGGCAGAUUUGGGCCUAGACUCAUCCACCCAGGAGGGUUUUGUGUAUGACAUGAGCAGUCCUUCAGAUCAACAGACUGAUUUUGGAAAGUGUCAAAGUUCUGAUCUCCAGUAUGAUACUGAAAGCUAUGAUUUUACCCUUGAUGGAACUUCUCCAUCAUGUCCGGGCCUUGACAGUGAAUCACAAAGUCAGUGGACUUGUCAAUAUGAUGAUUAUCAGGAAACAAAUUCUAACUCCUCUUAUCAGAAUCAAAACAGAUUGCCUAUGAUGUACCGAAGUCAGAGUGAACUACCAAGUGAUGACUCAGAAGAAGCACCUCCUAAAUCAUGGCAUAGCCGACUAAGCAUAGACCUUUCUGAUAAGACUUUCAGCUUUCCUAAAUUUGGAUCUACACUUCAACGUGCUAAGUCAGCAUUAGAAGUAGUCUGGAAUAAAAGUACACAAAGUUUAAGUGGAUAUGAAGACAGUGGAUCAUCUUUCAUGGGAAGGUUUAGGACUUUAUCUCAGUCUACUGCAAAUGAAUCAAGCACAACACUUGAUUCUGAUGUUUAUGCUGAGCCUUAUUACUAUAAAGCAGAGUAUGAGGAAGACUUAAUUGAACCACCUAGUGAGAAUGAAACAGACUAUGUUGAAGUAAUGGAACAAGUCCUUGCUAAACUAGAAAAUAGAACCAAUAGCAGUGAAACGAGUGAGCAGGUACAAGAAUAUGAACUGGGACAGCCUUCAUGUGGAACUCCUUAUGCAGUACUUCCAGAGGAGCAAUAUGAUGGACAGUUUGACAGUUUAGUCAGUGAAGAGAUAUUGGAAGUUGAAACUGCUCAUAUAGAAGUAAAGGAAGAUGAAAAUCAGAAUGUCCCAGAGAUGUUUACUGAAACUCCAAAGAAAAUAAUACGACCAUCAUUCAAAGAAGCUGCUUUAAAAGCAUACAAGAAACGAAUGAAUGACUUGGGAGAGAAGAUCCUUUCUGGAGAUAGCAGUUCUGUGGAUGAAAAGGCUGUGGAAUGUUCCUUGGAUGCUUCCAAGCUUUAUGCAAUCCAGGCAUUUAGUGGAGCUGGCUGUGGGCUAUACGGAAUUGAUAGCAUGCCAGACCUGCGCAGAAAGAAAUCUUUUCCAAUUGUUCGAGAUGUGGCUAUGACACUUGCAGCUCGAAAAUCUGGUAUUUCCAUGGCCAUGCUCAUCCGGACCUCCAUAAACAAUGAAGAAAUGAAAAUACAUGUUUUCAAGAAGACAUUGCAGGCUUUGAUCUACCCAAUAUCAUCAACUACACCUCAUAACUUUGAAGUUUGGACAGCUACAACUCCUACAUACUGUUAUGAAUGUGAAGGUCUACUUUGGGGCAUAGCAAGGCAAGGCAUGAGAUGUACCGAAUGUGGUGUUAAAUGUCAUGAGAAGUGCCAAGACCUUCUAAAUGCUGACUGUUUGCAGAGAAGGAAGGAGACUACAGAUCUCUCCCUCGAAUCCUACCCAUGGCCUGCAGCUGUUAAGAGAGCUGCUGAAAAAAGUUCCAAACAUGGUGCAGAAGAUAAAACACAGAACAUUAUUAGUGCUAUGAAGGACAGAAUGAAGAUCAGAGAAAAAAAUAGACCAGAGGUGUUUGAAGUGAUCCAGGAAAUGUUUGAUAUUUCCAAAGAAGAUUUUGUACAAUAUACAAAAGCAGCAAAACAAAGUGUUUUAGAUGGGACAUCCAAAUGGUCAGCAAAAAUCACCAUCACAGUGCUUUGUGCUCAAGGCUUACAAGCCAAGGACAAAACUGGCUCAAGUGACCCCUAUGUUACUGUGCAAGUUGGCAAAAAUAAGCGGAGAACAAAGACCAUUUUUGGAAACUUGAAUCCAGUAUGGGAUGAGAAAUUUUAUUUUGAAUGCCAUAACUCUACAGAUAGAAUAAAAGUGAGAGUAUGGGAUGAAGAUGAUGACAUCAAAUCUAGAGUAAAACAACAUUUCAAAAAGGAAUCAGAUGACUUCCUUGGGCAAACAAUAAUUGAAGUAAGAACACUGAGUGGAGAAAUGGAUGUAUGGUAUAAUUUAGAAAAACGUACAGAUAAAUCUGCUGUCUCUGGUGCUAUCAGAUUGAAAAUCAAUGUUGAAAUAAAAGGAGAGGAGAAAGUUGCUCCCUACCAUGUGCAGUACACCUGUUUACAUGAGAAUCUAUUCCAUUACUUGACGGAAGUUAAAGGUAAUGGUGUUGUAAAAAUCCCUGAAGUGAGAGGUGACGAAGCCUGGAAGGUGUAUUUUGAUGAUGCUGCACAAGAAAUUGUAGAUGAAUUUGCAAUGCGUUAUGGAAUUGAAUAUAUUUAUCAAGCUAUGACGCACUUUUCCUGUCUGUCUUCUAAGUAUAUGUGCCCUGGUGUUCCAGCUGUUAUGAGUACAUUGUUGGCCAAUAUAAAUGCUUUCUAUGCUCAUACUACAGCAACAACUAAUGUAUCUGCCUCAGAUAGGUUUGCAGCUACUAACUUUGGGAGGGAAAAGUUCAUAAAACUUCUGGAUCAAUUGCACAAUUCUCUGAGGAUUGAUUUAUCUAAAUACAGGGAUAACUUUCCUGCCAGCAAUUCUGAAAGACUUCAAGAUCUGAAAUCAACUGUGGACCUGCUUACCAGCAUUACUUUUUUUCGAAUGAAGGUCCUUGAAUUACAGAGCCCACCUCGAGCCAGUACCGUGGUGAAAGACUGUGUAAGAGCCUGCCUGGACUCAACUUAUAAAUACAUAUUUGACAACUGCUAUGAUCUUUACUUCCAGUUAGUGGACCAGGGUAAGAAACAAGAAGUUCCUAAAGAAGAACAGGGACCAACAACAAAGAAUUUAGAUUUCUGGGCACAGCUUAUUACUCUGAUGGUCACCAUCAUAGAUGAAGAUAAAACUGCAUAUACACCUGUCUUGAACCAGUUCCCUCAAGAGCUGAACAUGGGGAAAAUCAGUGCUGAAAUCAUGUGGACUCUGUUUGCCCAGGACAUGAAAUAUGCUCUUGAAGAACAUGAAAAGCAGCGGUUAUGCAAGAGCACGGAUUACAUGAAUUUGCACUUCAAAGUGAAAUGGUUUUAUAAUGAGUAUGUGCGAGAGCUCCAUGCUUUCAAGGAUGCAGUGCCUGAAUACUCUCUGUGGUUUGAACCAUUUGUCAUUCAGUGGCUGGAUGAAAAUGAGGAUGUCUCAAUGGAGUUUCUUCAUGGAGCACUAGAAAGAGACAAAAAAGAUGGGUUUCAGCAAACAUCAGAUCAUGCCCUUUUUUCUUGUUCUGUGGUUGACGUCUUCACGCAGCUCAACCAAAGCUUUGAGAUUAUCAGGAAACUGGAGUGUCCUAAUCCAGAGGCACUAUCUCAUUUAAUGAGAAGAUUUGCAAAGACUAUCAACAAAGUGCUGCUUCAGUAUGCUGCAAUUAUUUCAAAUUUCUUCAGCUCAUAUUGUGAUAAAGAAAACGUGUCCUGUAUCUUGAUGAACAACAUUCAACAGUUACGAGUCCAACUUGAGAAAAUGUUUGAGUCCAUGGGAGGCAAGGAGAAGAAAGAAGGAGAGAGAUUCUCUUAUGAGUUGGAUCCUGAAGCUAGUGUUGUUCUAAAAGAACUCCAAGUGAAACUUGGUAAUGUACUGGAUGAACUCAGUGUAACAUAUGCCACAAGUUUCCAAUUUAUUAUUGAAGAUUGUGUAAGACAAAUGAGCUCUGAACUCAGUCAGAUGAGAGGAAAUGGGAACACAGCGGCCAAUAAGAACAGUGCAGCCAUUGAUGCAGAGAUUGUGCUUCGGCCGCUCAUGGAUUUCCUGGAUAAAACUUUAAGCCUCUCCGCAAAAAUCUGUGAGAAGACAGUUCUGAAACGGGUUUUAAAAGAGCUUUGGAAGUUAGUCUUGAACAAAAUAGAAAAACAAAUUGUGCUUCCACCACUGACGGACCAAACCGGGCCUCAGAUGAUAUUCAGUGCAGCCAAAGAUCUUGGACAACUGUCAAAACUCAAGGACCACGUGAUUCGAGAGGAUGCCAGAAGUCUGAGCCUGAGGCAGUGUGCAAUAAUGGAAGUAGCACUAGCUACUAUUAAGCAAUACUUCCAUGCUGGAGGAAGUGGGCUGAAAAAGAACUUCCUGGAAAAGAGCCCAGCCCUACAGUCCCUGAGAUACGCUCUUAGUCUUUACACACAAACUACUGAUGCCUUGAUAAAGAAAUUUAUAGACACUCAAACAUCUCAAAGUCAAAGCACUAGUAAUUCAGUGGGUGAAAUAUCUAUACAGGUGGAUGUUUCCACACAUCCUGGAACUGGUGAGCAUAAAGUUACUGUAAAAGUUGUAGCAAUUAAUAAUCUAAAUUGGCAAACAACAGCUAUGUUCCGGCCAUUUGUGGAAGUUUGUCUAUUAGGUCCUAACCUAAGUGACAAGAAAAGAAAACAUGGAACCAAGACAAAGAGCAACACCUGGUCACCAAAAUACAAUGAAACUUUCCAAUUCAUUUUGAGUAAUGAAGAUAAACCAGGAGCCUACGAGCUUCACCUCUCGGUGAAAGAUUACUGCUUUGCUAGAGAAGAUCGCAUUAUAGGAAUGACAGUUAUUCAGCUGCAAAACAUAGCAGAGAGAGGUAGCUGCGCAUCUUGGUAUCCCUUGCUGAGAAAUAUCUUUGUAGAUGAGACUGGACUGACAAUUCUUAGAAUACUUUCUCAGAGGACCAAUGAUGAAGUUGCUAAAGAAUUUGUGAGACUUAAAUCAGAAACAAGAUCUGCUGAAGAAAUGGCCUAAAAUACUCCCAUAAUCCCACUGUAACACCAUAGAUCCAAUGCUGUUGUCUGAAUAGUGCAUGCAUGUGAAAAUGUGUGGGAAUGUUUAAUUAACUACGUUUUCAGUGUUUGCCAGUACUUAUGUACUACAUUUGCAAUGUAUGUCAAAGAGCUGUAUAUCUUUUCUACAUAUUUUGGUCUUUGUUAAAGUAAGUGUUCCAAUGAAGUGCCAAAACUAAGAUUAAGAGUAAAUAAUACACUAUAUCACUUAAAAUGUUGAUUUUGCUUCAUCACAAUCCCUUUAACAUUGAUUAAUAAAUAGCUUUUUGAAUUGAUAAUUAAGUUGUCUCUGUUAAACCACGAUGUUGCCUAUUCUAAAUUAUCUCCCAUAUUAUUAUUUUAGAAAAGAUUUAUCUAAUUUUCUUCAAACUAUCAUUUUAUGCUAGCCUCAUUUUAGGCAUCCUACUGAUAACUUUUUCUAUCAUUACUACAGAUGCAGUUACUUAUAGAAGUGUUUGUAAUUUUAUAAUUACCGAUAUAAAGUAAUGAUUUUUGCAUAAAAACUGAAAAAGGAUGGAAAUAUUUUAUGCUAACUUUUUCCAACCUUUCAUAAAUAUCACUGUGAAGAAAUGCUGUUCAAGCAAGUUCUCAAGAAGCUGCGCUUACUAGAGUUUGUUACUGAUGUUUGAUAUCUUGAGAUAACUUUGUUCUUCAAAACUGCCAAGGUAAUAUCAUAUUUAUAUUAAAAGGCUAAGUCAGUAUCUGUAGAAAAAUACUGUCAUGCAGUACAGUAUAUGUGCUUUAAAAGUCAUUUUAAAAAUAUAUGGUACUGUAGAAGGGUUAAUAGUUUGGAAUACAUAAAGUUGGGUUGUGGUUUGUUUCUAGAAACGUUUAUGAAAAGUAACAAUGCUGUUAGCAUUUUCACUCAGUUAUUAAUGUUGCUUUACAUACUUAGCUGUAACACCAGUUAAGUGCUUUGUUUUGGGGGGGGUGAUUCUGGCUUUUUCGUUGUUUGCAUUGUUUUGGUUUUGUUUUUUUAUUAGAGAAGAUCAACAGUUUGUACUUAUGCAACAUCACUAUGUAUUGCACUAAAGCAAACUCUGUGUCCUGUAAAUAUAUUUAGUGAUAAAUUGUAAAAUAAAGUACAAAAAAAACCUGCCUCUAUUUAUACCAUUUGAUAUUUAUAUUCCAGUAGAUUAUAAUUACAUGUGAAGCCAAUGUAGUGGCUUACAAUAUUAAGCAUUUUAAUAUAUCACAGCAUGAUUUCCAUUGUCUAGCACCUUGCUCUUUUAUAAGUGUAAUAUCUCAUGUGUCACAUUUAUAAUAAAUGAGGUACACAUUUU